GAGCGGCCGGGCACGGACGCCCAGACCAGACCGGACGACCCGACCGCUCCCCAGUUCCCGUCCCGAGCGAACCCAAGCCAAAAGGCAAAAGCUUCUCGCCUUUUCGCGUGCGCCCCGGCUGCGGCUCUCCCCCUUCAUCCCCGCGCGUGGCGGGAGGAGAGGACCGGAGGAGGAACAGCGCGAGGGCGGGCGGGGAAGAUGUGCUGCUGCCCGAGCAAGGCGUGCUGCAUCUGCACGCUCAUCGUGCUGGUGCUGGUCGCCGUCGGCCUCGUCUUCGGCUUCGGCAUCUACACCCGCGGUUUCCACAAGCUCUCCAGCAACAUCCACCUCGACGACCGCCACCCCGGCGGCUCCUUCCGCGCCUACGGCCACCUCGCCCCGCCGCCGCCGUACUGAGCGCCCCGCCUCCCCGAGAUCUACUCGCUAGGGCUUGCUCGCUCGCCGG